CACAAAAAUGCACGAAACAACAUUUGCUUUUUGGUCAUAAUUUAAGAAUAAGGUUAAGCAUAAGGUUAGCAGUGUGUUAAGGUUAGGGUUAAAAUCACAUUUUAGGAAAAGAAAUUGAAGAAAUAGACUAGGCUUAUGACUUUUGGGCUGUGGUAAACCGCCAAACAGACAUGAGUAGAAGGUUCGCGAACAGACAUAAACAAUCAAGUUGAUAACAAGAUCAGCAGCACUGAAAGGCGAAAAAUGCAGAGGUUAUCCAUUAAAAAACUAUGUAUUUAUCAAUUCAUACGCGACCAGAGCUAUAGAAUACAGCAGAGGACGACGACAUGUGUACAAGGGACCAGACAUCUGUCUAAUGAGCAGCUGGGAAACUCUCGCUGUCUGAGAACUCGGUCUGCACCAAAUGACACAUCUAAGCAUGUGAUCUCGUGGAGUGCAUUGUGUUCAUCAAAGUGGCUUGAUAGCAGACCUGGAGGAGGAGAACAGAGGAGAGUCCUACAUGUCACUUCACCAGUACAUACAGAGGAAAACGCUGUUCAGAUAAGUGAGAUCAGCGAGGCAGCCUAUGAGAAGCUGGCAGAUGAGACUCUGGAUUCGUUGGCUGACUACUUUGAGGAUCUGAUGGAUGGACCACUAGCAGGGCCAGAGUUUGAUGUUCUCUUCUCUAGUGGUGUGUUGACAGUGAAGGUGGGCGGAGACCAUGGGACAUACGUCAUCAACAAACAGACUCCGAACAAACAGAUCUGGCUGUCAUCUCCCACCAGUGGUCCGAAGCGUUAUGACUGGACAGGAGAGCGCUGGGUCUACUACCACGACGGCAUGGCUCUCCACCAGCUCCUCUCUAGAGAGUUCUCUAUCAUCUACAACAUGAACCUGGACCUGACCGCACUAGUACACUCCUGACCUGGGCCACGUCCCAAUUCCCUAUAGAGCCAAAGGUAGUGCACUGUAUAGGAAAUAGGGUACCACCUCCGAUGUCUGUCCCAACUUGUCCAUUCUCCUACACAGCAUACUACAUCCAUGUACUUAAUCACACGUCUGGGGAAGAAAAGUAAAACCUCUUGUGUGCCCAGAUUUCAAGUUAGGAUUCAGCUCGGAAACAGAACCAAAUGGAUUUAUGCACCAAUACCACUUAAAUACCAUAACGUUCAUAUAAAUCUGUGAUACAAUUAAUGUCCUCUAUAUUAUAUAUAUCGAUGAUACUGUUUAGUUGUGUGUGUGUGUAUAUGAAUACACAUGUGAACGGAUGUGUGGGUUUUGUCUGUAACUGGAGGAAAGGGAAACGUUGCCAGAUCAUUGCAGUUGGUUAUGAUUACUUUCUCCUUACAACUGAAGUUUGUUUCUGAAUUCACAUCCUUCUUCAGGUUUGGAGUUUUCCUCUGUUCAUUUCUAAAUAAGUACCAUCUUAUUGUGAUCAAACAUGUCUAAUUGAGCAGUUAUAACCUGUUAUGAUAAACCUGUUGGGACCUAUUGAGAAACACCAUAAUUAAUGAACAGCUGGUGUCUUUUUCAAAUAAAGAUGGGCAGUUAAACAUGCUAUAGACAUUGUAAACAACAAACACAUGCAACCACUCUUAUUUCAAUGGAAAUUAGUCCAAACCCAGGAUUCAUUAUUCUGUUUCCCUCAAUUUUAUCCAGGGUUUAAAAAAAAUAUGAUUUUGUUUUAAUGGUCCAGCCAAACACAGCUAAACCAUAGAAAUAUAUUUUCUACAAUGGGGAAUCCUGUUCUGUGAUGGAUGGACCGGCGGCCAUAUUGAGUGUUCCCGUGAGUUUCUGGAACCGUGCUGGAAAGGUCAAUACGAAAAUAAAAUAUCCAAGCCAGCACAUCACUGUUAAGGUCGGUCCUAUAGUGUGCCUUUUCAAUUAGUCCAUGGACAUCAGGCAUUAGACUGAUCAGUGGUCAGUGUCUCUGUCUGGUGAUGUUCCUGGGCUACAGAAUGUUUUUGGAGGCAUAGUAGACAGGGAUUACUUUGUAGGACAGAUGUUUAGAGAGUAAGAGUUUUUCCCUCUAGACUGUAACUCUGUAUCAGUGGUGGAGCUCUUGCUCUUUUCUCAUUCACUGCUGGAAGGUCUCAAUCCUGAUGGGCCAACGGGCCUGUGUGGAACUGUGGAGAGAAACAUAUUUAUAGUGGAAUGUUCUGGAGGGAUACUAUCAGAACAACAGUCAUACUGUCAGAGAGUUCAGAUUUUAAGUACAUCGAUAGGGAACUAGCUGAGUCAAUGGUUUAUGUUGAGCCAGGAUAAUAUUUCUGCCGUUCUCCAUUGUUUGAAAAGUUAAAUUCUCCUCGCAAUCAUCUGCGUUCACUGUCAAAUUCUAUUCUGGCAGUCUCGGGUAUGAAUUUGUUGAAAUGUAUGUAUCCUUGUUUCACAUCUUUGUUUUAUAAUUUAAUACCUGUAAAUAAGUUAAAACCAGUGUUUUCAACAAACACCUGGAAUAGCCAGCCCAAUAGAAGAAGUAGCCAGUCAGGCCUCCCCGGGCAGGUUUGGAAAAUGUUGGCGAUCAACCUAUAUGUUGGUGACCUCUAGUUCAUUCUAAUGCCUUGAUUCUAUCAGAAAUACAAAUGUACCCCUCCCAGAUUGGAAUUAGUUGAGCUAUUGUGUGUAGAAGGACAUGACUUUACAGUUUUAAUUAGUGAAAAUGUAUAAAUUAAGUGUAUUGUUGAUUUGGAUGUCAUCUAGGCCUAUAUGAUCAGGACUAUUUUCUAAAUAAAAUAACAUGAAACCUUUUUAACA